AUGAAGUUCAUCGAAAAAUGGCUUCCGGUUUAUUUGAAAGCUUGGAUUCAGCUUAUCUGGUAUCAUAGAGACAUUUACCCUAGAGAAACCUUUUCCUGGACAGAUUAUCACGCAUUCAACUUACCUAGCCAUAUACCAGUGAAUGUGAAUCCUGAAUUGCAAAAGUACUUAGAUGAAUUAUGUGAUGAUAUUCUCAGUAAGCUUAAACAAUUACACUAUUUGAAUUUGUAUAUUUGUGAAUGUGACGAUGAGGACUAUGUCAUUGAAAGAUACUGCCUUGAUUUUGGGGACAUCAACCAUCUUGAUAAGACAGAAGCUAACACCGAUCAGGAAAACCUUGUAUUUGACGAAUUCAGAUCAUCGAUAUACUCUCUGAUUGCGCAUUUAGAGAAGCUUCCGCAACUAGAGCCAGGUAAAUAUACCUUUGACAUUGUUAUCGAAACGGUCGAAAUGAGUUUGGGCCAUAUGUCAAAUGAGAAUUUACCUCGAUCAAAGGAAAAUGUAACCAAUUUAGAAAGAGAUUGGAAUUGGGUAAAGUACAAAGACCCGUCAAAUGACUUUCCUAGUGCAGGACAAUCACAGGAGAGAGUUAAGAUGUAUUCUUUAGUAGGAUGUGAUUUGAAUUCUUUGGUUUUCCAUCAGUUUGCAGAACGACUUGUACCACAGGAUAAUAACAUAUCUACAUCAAUAGAAUAA